AUGGGGGCACUGUACGCGGCCCUUCUCCUCCUCCUCCUCUUGACCGGGGCAUGCGGGAAGAAGGUGGACACACCACAGCAAGAAGCGUGUUGCGCGGCGCUCUUAUUGGAGGGUCCCGUAGGGUCCAAGGGUCACGACGGGAAGUACCAGCUACCCGUUGCGUGCCGUGACCUGGUCGGAUGCCCAAGCCUUGGGUUCAGUCCCCAAGCAUCAGAACACAUCGACAUCGACCCGGCGAGCGAGACCCUCCGCCAGCAGUCCGCCCUGCGCGAGGACCCCUCGUGUACGCGCGCCGAGUGGGAGGGCAGGUGCCCGCCCUCCUCCACCAUGCUCCUGGCGAGCAGGAUGGCGGGAUCCUGCAUCGCUGAGGGAUGUGUCCACCGCGAGACCCAGUCGAUGGCGGGGGAGGAUGAGGAUGAGCUUCUGAGGGUCAUUACCUCAGAGGUAACCCAGAGGCUGCAGGCCGAGAAGCGUAACAUGACGAAGUCGUUUUACGCGCACGUCCGGGGACUUCGGCGUUCCUUCGGCAAGGCCCAAAAGCGGUGGUCGCGCGAGGUGACGCAGGCCAUGAAGGCCACGAAAGAAAUUGACAUGAAGCUUCUUCGCUCCCUCACGGAGGUAGCGAUGAUGAAGGGCUUCCGCGGCGGGAAGCUGGAGGAGGUCAUCGCGGCGGUAGAGAAGUACGACAGCCAGCAGGCGGGCGUUGCUUUGAUGAGCCAAGCCGUUGCCAGUGAGGACGCCACGGUCAAGAAUGCCGGCACCAGCAUCUUGCGAACGCCGGUUGAGAUAACCCAGCGCCAUCAGCACGUUGCCUGCUUGUUGCUCGAGGAGGACUGCGCGUCGUCUUCCCUUCCCUCGAACGUCCUCGGAGCAGACGAAGCGGCGUCAUUCAUCAUCGCCGUGGUCUUGAUGGUCUUGGUGAAGCGGUGGAGACGCGGUGGCCGGUUCAUCGAAGACCAAGUUUGUAACGAGGGCCGCGCUCAUGAGGACGCGGAUGACGAAGGAGCUGCCACCGCCGCCGCGCAAGAGGCUGCAGCGGAGAAAGAGCCAGUGGACGAAUUGGAGAAAAGGACUUCGACACUACGGUCGUGGAAUGCGCUGUUGGCGGAACGAGCUGGGGCCGCAGAGCGCACUGUCGCAAAAAUACGCCGGGAGGCGACGAGGGCGGCAGGACAGAAGCAGGAGAAACUGGCUCAAGUGCAACAGAAGCUCGCCACCAGCACCGACGAGAAUGCGGUGUUGACGGAACGAGCUGCGGCCGCAGAGCGCACUGUCGGAGAAAUGCGCCGGUGUGUGGUAUAG